AUGAGUGGUAUUAUGAACAAGUUUGCUCGGAAUUGUGGCAAACAGUUCUUUCUCAGCAAUGCAAUUCAUCUGCAAGCUCCUAAGAUAGCAGCUCCGCUUUCGCUGCUGACACCUUUAAAAUCGUCAUUAUUUAUGCUCGGAAAGGGAACCAGUAAUUUUAAUGCCCUUUUCAAGCCACGCUCCCGAUUCUUUACUACCACUUCUAAUGCAAAGAUUAAUCUUAGGGAUAUGUUCAAUGGAUCGCAAAGCCGAUACACCAGGCUUAACAGAUUUCAACAGUAUAAUAGAGGUUCAGGUAACUCCAGCGAAUUGAUCAAACUUACUUUAUAUGGUGUACUCUUCAUGGGUGGUACUUUGAUGUUGGCUCCAUACCUUUUCCAGAUCCCUCCAUUCUCAUAUUUCAAGAGACACCCGACCCAUUUACCAUACGCCAUCAUUGGUAUUAAUCUGGCCGUCUUUGGGUUAUGGCAAUUGCCAAGGUUUUGGGGACCACUACAAAGAUAUGCGCUUUUGCAAAAAGAUCACAUUUAUUCCAAAUGGUCUUUACUAGGUAGUGCAUUCUCUCAUCAGGAAUUUUGGCAUUUAGGUAUGAACAUGAUAUGUUUGUUCUCCUUCGGUACCAGUUUAGUCACGAUGUUGGGACCUGGAAAUUUCACCAGUCUCUAUCUUAACAGUGCUAUUGCUGGUUCCCUUUUCUCUCUAUGGUACCCCAGGUUUGCUAAAAUUGCUAUGAUGGGUCCUAGUUUGGGAGCAUCCGGAGCUCUUUUCGGAUUAUUCGGUUGUUUCUCGUACUUGAUUCCAAACGCUAAGAUGAUGUUCUUCAUCUUUCCGGUGCCAUUCGGUGCAUGGUUCACAUUCCUUGGAUUAGUGACAUGGAACGUCGUAGGAUGCGCAUUGAGAUGGGGGUCAUUCGAUUAUGCAGCACAUUUAGGUGGUUCUGCGAUGGGUGUAUUGUACGGAUGGCUAGUUGCGAAGUCUAUCCAGAAACAAAGAGAGAAAAGGUUAUCCCUUGGAGUAUUCCCAAGAUUCUGA